AUGAAUUAAUAAUAAUUUCAAAGUUCAACUCCAAGAAGGCGUAAUAAUUCAGAGUUGAGUAUUGAGGCCCUACCAGUAGAACCUGAAUCAAUAAAUUAUUUAUAAAUAGCUUAUAGCUGGUUAACUACAGUAAUAGUUAUUCUAUUUAGGCUCUUUUGAUAGUGAUAUUGUUUAAUUGUUUUUUGACAUUGUUACUUUCAUCGUUCACAUUUAAUUUAAGCCUUAGGAUACCAAUUCUAUUUCUAAGUAUUGGACAUCUCUUAUAUUUGAUAAAAUUUUGCAUUGCUUAUCAUAAGAUGUAUAAAAAAAUAGUUUAAUAGACAGAGGAAAUAGUAAUCCAGAAUGUUGUUUUGAAUUGAUGUGGGGUGUUGGAUUAAUAUCUUAUUAUGUAUGUUUGAUAAAUAUGAUCAGAGUUGCUUGAUUUAUUUUGUUGAUAAUAAUGAUUUUUAAAUGCAAUACUUAUCGAUGUUUUUAACACUUUAUACAAUCAUAUGGUUGAUGCAAUCUAUGUUUUAAUUAUAUAGAAAUAAAGAUUAAGAUCAUCAACAGAAAUUGGUAUUAUUAUAAAUAAUAAAGAUAGAUUGUAGUAUUGAUUAGAUUUUGUUUUGUCACUUAAUUGAUGUUCAUAAAUAUGAAAUUGAUAAAUUGGUUAUCAAUUAGAUGGAUAUACACAUUUUCAAUAUUUUGGUUAUUCUUAUUUAUAAUAGUACUUUUGAUAUUAUUUUCUCUAUUUAAAUUGUCAAUCAUAAUAAAUCAAUAUUUCAAUAGUAAUAUUGAUUAAAGAUAAUUAUUGAUGAUUAAAAUUAUAGGAAUGAUUUGGAUCAAUUUAUUUCUUUUUGGUUUUUGUGGUAUACCUGCAUAUACACUAUUUAAAAUUAGUAUUUCAUUAGAUUAAAAAGUGGAACAUUAUUACAUUCUUUCAAUAUUAACAAGUGUAUUCUAUACUCUAGUUUUUAUGGUAUAUACUUUAUAUCGAAAAGAUAUAUUAUCAGCUUUUAUAUUGAAUUUAUUAUCAUCACAAACUCAACAACAUAUUGAAAGAGAAAUGGAAAUCAUCAGUUUUCCUAGUUCAAGAAAUUAAAAGAAAUUUGUUCAUUGUUUUAGGGAUAACAUUUUAAAUGAUUUUCCUAAAUAACUAAUUAAGAUCUCAAGUACUUACUAUCUACCAGAAGAUUAAAAAAACUAAACUGAAAUUAACUCAGCUGGUGGUGUUUUUAAUAAAUCUCCAACUCUAACAGAGGUAGUUUAACAUGAUAGUACAAUGAAAUAAUGUUUUAAUUGUUUUUAAUAAUAAAGUUGUACAGUUUACAUUCCAUGUGGUCAUGGAGGUGUAUGUUCUAAAUGUGCUUUUGAUUGGUUCUAACAACGAAAAGAAUGUUUGAUAUGUAGAAGUGUAAGAUUAUUUAUUUGAUAAUUAAUUAGUAAAUAUAGGCUAUCUUGAAAAUCGUAUAGGGAGAAAAUCAAAGAGUCAAAGUUGUGGAUAUAAUUGCAUUAAAUUGA